CUUUAUUGAAAAACGCGUAUGAAAGUUGGAGCACGAGCGUUAGCGAGUGCUCCAAUCAUACAAGUUUUUCAAUAAUCCUUUCCGCAAGUGUAUUACAUACUAUUUUUUCUACGAAAGUUCUCGAAUUUAAAGAUUUAGAGAAAAAUUUUAUAUCAAAAUGUUAAAACAACAAUUUCUGUAUAAAUCAAGUCGUAGUACGAUUCUCGUGUUUAUCUGUAAAAAUAUAAAAUCAAGUCUUCGUGACGCCGCUACGUUGUCUUAGUUACCAACGAGUUGUUUAUAAAAAAGCCGGUUAGUAAUUUUGCAUGUAGUUUUGUACGAAGCAAUUUCUUCAGUAAAACAAGAAUUUAAAAGCUGAAAAUGAGUGUUCAUGAAGAAAGUGAGAGCGGCGAUGAAUUUAUGUGCACUCCGCCUGAGGUUGCUGCAAUGGCGGAAUCAAUUAUGCCUGAGCUUUUGCCUGAAAAAUCGAGAAAUCGGUACGAAAAAGAACGAGAGAGGUUUUUUAAUUGGUGUAAAAUGAAACAAGUCAAGCGGUAUACAGAAACCGUGUUGCUUGCCUAUUUUGUCGAAAAAUCUGGAAAAUUGAAAUCAUCGACACUGUGGUCAAUGUAUUCCAUGUUGAAAAGUAUGUUGAUUUUGCAAGACAACGUCGACAUUUCCAAGUAUGCCAAGUUACAAUCGUUUUUGAAACGUAAAUCUGUUGGUCACAAGCCGAAAAAAUCGCUGACUUUUACGAGGCAACAAAUCAGUACGUUUUUAGAGGAAGCACCCGAUGAAACAUUUUUAAUGAUGAAAGUUGCUCUAAUAUUAGGAGUUGCUGGGGCUUGUCGUCGAGAGAAGUUGACGAAAAUGACGGUGAACGAUAUCCAAAGCCGGGAAUACAUCUGACAAACGUUGCCGUUCGUUCGCGUUGUUACCCGUUUUCACCAUCAUCUGGCAACGUUUGUGGUAACAGUCAUGAGCGACAGACACGUGCCGAGCCAGUGCAUACGCUAGCGUUCCACAUAUUCGCGCGCAUUUGUGCUAUUUUGUAAAAAUUUAUUUUUUGUUAUUGAAAUGGCGACUACAAAGGUUCAUACCAUCGUAUGUACCUCUACUUCUAUAUAACUCGUGCAUCCAUACACUUCUCUGUUUUUUUUUCUUUUUUUCUUUUUGUCGUUUUAAAAUUGUACUUAUGACACUGU